GAGCAGGAGCUGCACACGGUCUGGAGCUGAGGCACGGCGCCGGACGGGCGAUUUAACAGCUAAAAACCCGCCGUCAAUGGGUUUGUCAGCACACCAGACGUUACUUUCGACACUCCCUUUCGCUUCAGCCGAUUGUUUUGGAUGGAUUAUCUCAUUGACGUCUCAACGAGAAGCCUUGCAGCGCCCAGUUAGGAGCGUCGCCGCUGCAGCAGGACACUGUGAUCUGGCUCUGCCAUGGCAGUCUUUAAUCACCAGGUGCUCUUCGCAGUCACAAGAUCAAGGGGAUCAUAUUUGUUGUCCAAGCGGCACAGCUGUUCCUCUUUGAGUCCCAAAGUCUAUCUCUGCAUAGACCCUUCCGGCCACGUCUCACCUCCACUCGCUCUCAGGCACUCCCGCUACAGCUACCCUCACAAUUUCCAAAGCCUCAACCACGGCCACAGCUCUGCCCUGCUCGCCCGCUCUUUGUACACCUCAGGUGUCUGGCUCCAGGAUAUAAAGCAGGAGGACACUAAGGACUCAGCCGGGGAAGCCAAGGAUGGUUCUACAGGCGAUAAAAAGGACUCUGUGGUGGCCGCGUCUCAGUCCCAACCUCCAUCUGCUCCCACUCCAGCGUCCACUGCUGCCACUCCAGCUGCAGUCCCUCCAGUACAAGAGAGGGCGAUUGUGAAAAAGUCUCUGUAUCAGAGGAUUGUGGAUGAGUUAAAGCAUUACUAUAAUGGCUUUCGGCUACUUGGCAUCGAUAUCACGAUUGCCGGUAGGAUGGUGUGGACCCUGUUGCAUGGACAUCUGCUCACGCGCAGGGAGAGGAGAAGGCUGAUGAGGACAUGCGCUGACCUCUUCCGCCUGGUGCCCUUCAUGGUGUUUAUCAUUGUUCCUUUCAUGGAGUUCCUUCUUCCCGUCUUUCUCAAACUGUUUCCAGAAAUGUUGCCCUCCACAUUUGAAACAGAGUCCAAAAAGGAGGAGAAGCAGAAGAAGGGUCUGGCUGCAAAGCUGGAACUGGCCAAGUUUCUGCAGGAAACCAUUGCUGAGAUGGCCCGGAGGAAUAAAGCAAAGGCUCUAACAGAAGACGAGACGCAGCGUUUCUCUACAUAUGUUCAGAAGGUUCGGGGCACAGGCGAGCAGCCGGACACAAAGGACAUAGUCCGCUUUUCCAAGUUGUUUGAGGACGAGUUGACGCUGGAGCACCUGGAGCGCCCCCAGCUGGUUGCUCUGUGCAAACUGUUGGAGCUGCAGCCCAUCGGUACCAACAACUUGCUGCGUUUUCAGCUGAUGAUGAAACUCAGAGCCAUCAAGUCGGACGAUGAGAUGAUUGCAGCAGAGGGCGUGCCAGCCAUGAGUGUGUCAGAGUUGCAAGCAGCGUGUCGUAGUCGUGGUAUGAGAUCUCUGGGUCUCACCACAGACCAGCUACGUCAGCAGAUACAACAGUGGCUGGAUCUGCACCUGAAAGAGAAUGUUCCUCCAUCGCUGCUGCUGCUUUCCAGAGCCAUGUACCUGACGGACCUCAAACCGAAACCCCCCGUCAUCCCGCCUGUUCCUAAACUAGAGAAGGCUGCUGCUACUCCCCCGGUGGAGACCACAGGAGCAAACGCAGCAUCUGUCAGCAGUGACAGGUUGACCGACUCCGCUCGCAUCAUCAAAGACAGACCGGUGGAGGAGUUGAGAGACAAGGCCCCUGUGGUGACAGACAAACCCCUGACUCCCGCUGAAGUCCUACAGGCUAAAGCGGCAACAGAAGUGACCCAGAAAAGCAAGAUGAGUGCCAAUGGCACGUAAAGUGAUGCAGGAGACUGCGUUGAAGGUGGAGUGACUUACACUGCUCGAUGUCAUCUAACACCCUGAGAUACUUACAUUUCAGAAGCCCCCACUAAAAGUCCAUAAUUGGACCAACAUCUCACCCAGGAGGCCUCUUUGUCCUUCUCCCUGUUACUUUCUCAGACAGUCCCAGUUCUGGCUUCGUCUGUCCACCGUUAAGUCGACUGUUAAAUUUUCUGUUGUCCGGUUCUCUCAUGAACUCUUGAUAUUUUGGACUUAAUAUGUGGGACAUUCGAACCACUGUCUGACGGCUUCUCCAGACAGUCUCCUCCACCUCUGUAAAUCUUUGUAGAUAUGUAAAUUUUUCUGUCUUACAUCACAGACGCAGCAUCUUUGUACUGUUUGCUAUGCAAAGGCCGGCAUUUUCUCUCUUAGCAAUUUUUAUUUUGUUUUAUUUGCAAAUGUUUUUAAGAUUUUGCAGAAAGUACCUUGCCAAACCUUUUUGAAUGAGCUGCUUCCCCCCCGCCUUUGUUUAAAAAGCUCGACCGUGCUGCUGGGCCAAAACAGACAGAUUCACAUUCUGAACCUGUCAUGAAAUCAAAUGAAAAGGCGCUAGUCAAAUUGUGAAAAAUUCAUCUUGUCUGGUGGCCACAACGCACGUCUGGCCUUUUCAGCAGGAAUGAUGUAGUGUAUGUACGUUAUUGCUGGUGUAAAUAAUAAAUGAAGAGCGAUUUAUUCUAAAGAGCAGGCUCACUCCUCAAAUGUGGAGUGUUUUAAAGUCAGCCUGCCUCCACUAGUAAGCUACUGAAAGGACCGUCUGUAGAAAAGGAACAUGCAGAUUUUAUUUACUCAUACAGUGUAUGUAUUUGUGUUUAAACACAAGGAUGGAAAAUAUCUUUAAACUGAGAUGAAAAGCUAUUUGAUGUUAUCCAUAUAGAUAUACUGUUAUACUGGGAGCGAAGAUGAAAUUCUUAUUUUUAGUAUUUUUGGCAGAUGUAGGUAAAUGUGUUGGUUGAUUUACCCAUCCGUUCACUUUAAUUAAAUUCCAGAAAUAUGAUCCCAAGAGGUAUUUCUGGAAAGUUGAACACAGUUUUACUUGUGUUUGAAACUUCUUCAAAUUCUUUUAUACAUUUAACAUAAAUGGAGUGAUCAUUUCCCCUCAUUCCCUUGUAUCUCUAUGCUGCAUCUGAACGUGGUUGCCACAUAUGAAAGGGCCCAAAUGGCUGCUGUUGAAAAUGUAUUGCUGUGGGUUUUGCACAUGUGCGUAAGGCUAAAAUACAAUAGUUGGCAAGGUUCUUUGGUUUAAAUGAUCACAUCCGUGUGUCUGGAGUGCUCAGUUGCAGCUUUCCUUUACACGGAAUGUCUCUUUUCCCUUCCCGUUUGAUCCGAAUGAAUCCUUUAGUGGCUGUGUAGUUGUCGGUGCUCAUAUAGAUGGAAGAGUGACCCAUCUUUUUGCAGUUGCAACUGCAGUUGCAGCGUGAUGGAGAUUUAAAAAAAAAAAAACAACAAAGUUACAGUCACUACAUGACUAAUUUGCAAGUUGAUUUUUACUCUGCUGUCAUAUUUAGAUAUGAUAUUUAAACAUCGAGCGGAUUCUGUUAUAUAUGGAAUAGAAGUCAACUGAUUUGUAGAAUAUAUUGGAUUUUUAUUUUUAAAUAAAAGGGUCUCUUAAACGCUUACUUAACACAAGCCAAAAAAAGUGUUUGUUUUUUUUCUUUUCUUUUAGUUUUAAAAUUCCUGGCCUGAUAAAAGAUAAGUUUUUUUAAUGCACCUGUGCACACCAAACCUAAUAGUGUCCUGAUUGUGGCGUGCUCGUCACUAGCAGCUGAGAACCACCGCAGGUCUGCAAAAACGUUUCAGGAAGCGGUGCUCCUCUUUAGCUGCACGUAUUGAGAGGACACAUCAUUCACCUUGAUUGGCUUAAAAAGGAUCUGGUAGUUUGGGUGACUGACUGAUUAAAGAUCGUACAAAAUUCAAACAGAGAAUAAUUGAACUUGUUUGUUGUGAUGUUUGGAUCGUCUGCAACCCAGGACUAUUUGUUCUGAUACAUUCUUCUACAUCCACAACUGACUUCUCCUUAAUCUGUCAUCUUAUUGAGGAGUGUUUGUUCUCCGAUCAUCAGCAUCAUUGUGUGUGUUAACAAUGCAGUUCUUCUCUGGAAACUGUAACUACAUGUUACUUUCAUUUAGUUUUUGUUUACUGACAGUUAAAAUGUGCACUGUUGUCCUUUUUUCUUUUUCUUUUUUUUUGUAAUUCUUUUAUUGAAUUUAUUCAUCACUCAACCAGAACAAAUGAGCGUUGUGAUGACAAACUCAUUAAUUAAUUUGAUUAAAUUAAUGAAACCCCUUAAA